AUGCAUUUCACCAAGUCGAUUUGGAGCUUGGGUCUCCUCGGGCUCGUGGCUGCCAACCCGUGGCCGAAAGUCAGUCUCGAAGACAGCCUCAUUGCGCGGGGAGAUCUCACUCUUCGUCAAGAACCAGAAGACAUCUGUUCGAUCGAUACAUGCGGCAGCGAGGCCGAGUGCCUGAUAGCACGAGACAUUGCCACCCCGCUGAUCGGCCGCGACGAGUACAACGCCGCCAACGACACAGCCGAGGAGGAGCUUGCUCUCCUGAAGAGAGACAUUGAUAGGCCCGGGGCAGGCCAGCUUGACGGCUGGUUCAAGGCCAAUUGGGAGAGUGGCAACGUCGUCAACAUCCCGUUCAGGCCUGACGACGACGGCGAGUGGUACACGGCUCGCUAUCGCGAGUUUCUCAACAAGCCUUUCAAGAUGGGCAUCAAGGGCAUGUGCGGGUGCACCGCUGUCAUAGUCACCUCCAAAAAGGGUGCCUAUAUCUCUCACCACUGGGAACGACCUACCGUCAUCGCCGCCUUUGAGAAGCAUGGCGCGCCGACCCCGGGAGCGGCGGACGGCGAGACGGUGUUCCAGCAGGAUGUCAUCGAAGAGCUCCACGAUGCCCUGACUUGUCUUGCGUUCAACAAGAACGAGGACAAGGAUGUCCAGGUGUUCAUCUUUACCAAAGUCGACACGUCGUCCAGGACAGUCAAGUAUGCUCCGCAGGUAGAUCAGAUCAAGAAUAAGGUUGUGGAACGGAUCCCAGGGUUGUCCAAAGGCGAUAUCAAGGACCUGCCGUACUAUACGCGCGAGUCUGUCGCGAACGCGCUGGAUACAGCGGAUGGCAAGGUCAUCAUCUCCUAUGACCCCAAGGCGGGCGGCGGUAAGGCUGGGUACCAGGUAUGGGCCGGUUCAGUUUACAAUGCUGGAGGCAAGAUUGACCCUGCCACCAUCAACGCCCCCAACGGCGAGGCAACGUGGGAGCCGACAGAGGGGCAGAGGUAG